GCGAUUUCUCGCAAAAAACGGCAAUUCUCGCAAAUUUGUCCAGAAUCGGAAAUGGUCCAGCCGGUCUGUCGUUGUCGGCAUUCUUGUCCGGUUGGAUGCCAUUCUACAAUCCUCAACGACCACAUCCGAAUUUGUUCGUUCAUGAAAAACUGCUUGAACAUAUCGACGAGCCUCUCACUGAGCAGGAUUUGAGUUGGUUGAGCGAAGACAUCGAAUUGAGCGCUUAUUUGGCACGUCCAAUGCCGUUACUAUUCGACAGUUUGGUACGUCCAGAAGCGGAUAUGGGCAAAACAAGAAGCUCAUUGUUGCGUUGGGAAUGUGAUCCACAAAGAGCCGUUCCGCACAUUGUCCUCGGUGAAACCAAUAUCGGUGGCUCAUGGAAUGAUUACGAUGGAGAGAUGGUCGCUGUUAGUGUUGGAAGUUAUCUGGACUUGCCGGCGUUCUCGACUUCGAAUUGGCUCGGUGCUGAUACGCAUUGUUCACGUCUACCAUCCAAAGUGAUCCGUAAAUACAUGAGUGCCUAUGCGAAAACAAUCGGAAUUCGUGACAAUAUCAUCUGCAACGUUCGAGUAUCGCAUAUC